AUGGUGAUAAAACCAGAGUGGCGUAUCGAAAUUGGUUUCAUAACUUUUCAGUCAUUGUUGGAGGAGGCAGGGGGGGAAAUAUCAAUGUUAAUCAGCAGCGUGGAUGAAGAUGUACCGCAGCGUGACCUUCAUGAACCGAUCAUCGAUGAUUUCUGCUUCAUGGAGCCUCCAUAUGGAACUCCUGCUGAGUUUGUUGAAUCACAUUUCGGCAAACAUUCAGGUGCGAAGAAUUUGCAGUUCUUAAAAGGAACUACAACACUUGCGUUCAUCUAUGAGCCAAAAACACCAGCAGAUAAGGGAGGAAUUAUAAUUGCUGCGGAUUCGCGUGCAUCUGCAGGGGAAUACAUAUCAUCUAAGAAUGUUAUGAAAAUAUUGGAUAUCGGGGAUCGAAUGGUAACAACUAUGGCUGGUGGUGCUGCCGAUUGUCAGUUUUGGACGCGUAUCGUUGCCAAAUAUUGCACACUAUACGAACUUCGAGAAAAGACAGAAAUUACUGUGGCUGCUGCAAGCAAAUAUUUCCAGAAUGUUUUGUAUUCUUAUCGAAAUCAUGGAUUAUCAGUUGGUUCCAUGAUUGCCGGGUAUGACAAGCGUGGUCCUGCAAUUUUCAAAGUGGACAGUGAAGGACAACGUGUCCAGUUAAGAUUAUGUAGCAUAGGUUCAGGCUCGCUGAGUGCUUAUGGCAUCCUAGAUAAUUUUUCUCAGCCUAAAAUGACAGAUGAAGAAGCAUAUAAACUGGGUCGGCGAGGAAUAAUGCAUGCUACUUAUCGCGAUACCGGUUCUGGCGGUGUUUGCAAUAUGGUACACAUUUCGCCAACAGAAAAAAUACGCUUCCCGCCACUUGACGUCUCGCAACUUUACUAUGAAUUUGCCAGUGAGCUGGGACGGGAUAUUGUUUAUGAACCUGAAAUGGAAACAUAA